AUGAGUUACCGAGGACGAGGAAGAGGCGGCUUCCACAAUAAUAACAAUUCCGACCGCAACAAUUCGCAGCAGUUUGGCGGCAAUCAAGCCGGAUGUGAAGUGGAGAUUUUUGGCUGGAACGGUUCGACUCCAGGUGAAUGUAUUGCAUUCAUCAACAGAAAAUGUAAGAUCAGCGUGACCAACUACUCCGUCAACAAUGCUAGCGGGGCAAUGAGAGGCUUUGUUCGCUCCGAAACAGAGGCAAACAACUUGAUCCAAUGGUCUGGUGUGAGAUUCGCUGGUAAUCCAUUGAAGAUCUCAAAGGUGAACAACGGUUUCGGCAAUGGAAAUGUCCCAAACCAGCCAGGCCAACAAUCUGGUGACAAUACCAUAGAAACAUUGACUAUGUUCCUCAAAUCGAGAUAUAAUCCCGAGAAUUCGCUUUUGAACCUUAGUGCUGUGCAACAAGAUCCUACGUUGUCAGCAAAAGGCUUCUUCGGCACCAUUUCCACAUCUUCCAAGUUUUUCCCGGCGUUGAUGAAGAUAGCUAGUGACUUGAAGUUGAAUGUCACCAGCGCAGAUCUUUCCAAUAACAAUUUGAGUGACUUGAGUACCGUCUCAACGUUAGCACACACGUUCCCCACGUUGCAGAACUUAUCAUUACAGAACAACAAGUUCUCCAGAAUAAAGGCGUUUGAUAUUUGGAAGAAGAAGCUCAAUUUCUUGAGGGAGUUGGUCAUCACAGGAAACCCACUUACCAACACCAAUGACCUCAAUGAAGCUCUCAAUAUCAAAUUGGAAUUGUUGAAGGUCUUCCCAAGAUUGGUGGUGUUGAAUGGCGAGAUCGUCCGUAACGAACAAGUGCUCAACACGAACUUGACAUUCUCAUUCAAAGACCCUCAGCCUAUGUUUUUCCAGGACAAUGACGUGCAAAACAUAUCUACCAAUUUCAUCACCAACUACUACAACCUAUGGGAUUCCAACAGAGCAGACCUAAUGGUGUUGUACCAGGCAGAGUCCCAGUUCUCAUUGCUGGUGGACUCGACACUGCCUCACACUGUGGAUAAUAAGCCACCUCCAGAUUUCUCCUACUACCUUCCACUGUCCAGAAACUUGACUCGUGUUUCGUCUGCCAAGGCAAGAAUGUCCAAGGUGGCCAAAGGUCAAGAGCAAAUAUUCAAGUCAUUCUCCCAGUUACCAAGUACUCGCCAUGACUUAAUGCUGAAGCCUGACAAUUACAGCAUGGAGAGUUACCGUUUGGCUGCCAUCGGUGCAAUCUCCAUUACUUUGCACGGAUCAUUCGAAGAGACAGCUGUACCUGCCAAUUUAGAACACGUUAACCAACUGUCUGGAAUGGGUAGAAACAAGUACGCCUACCAGAAGAAACUGAAAAUCGCUUUGGGGCCUAAAAGUUUUGACAGAACGUUUAUUGUCAUUCCAGGACCUAAUAACAGCAUGAUUGUUGCCAGUGACUUACUCUGUAUAAGAACAGAAGCGGAUCCCGCUGCAUUCAAGCCUGUGGCCCUUCCAACUGCAACUCCAACACCAUCACCAGCAGCAGCACCAUCUUCUGCCACAGUAACCGCACCUGGUGUUGGUUUGGGAGGACCUGGACAACAGUCGUUCGGCACUCCACCACCCACGCAACCAGGACCAUCGGCAGCCGAUUUGCCACCUGAAGUGAAAGCAGGCUUGAACACCAUACAACAAGAAAUGCUUGUUAAGGUGCUUUUGGAAACUAAGCUCACCAUUCAGUACGGAGUGAUGCUUUGCCAGCAGAGCAACUGGGACUAUCAACAAUGCAUUGUCAACUUCAAAAAUUCUGCUGGAUCGCUACCUCCUGAUGCAUUUGCUCGCUGA